UUCAAAACAUAACCUGCAAAUUACAUUUCUAUUGUUUGUGCAGUCAUCAGUAAUUUUCAAAAAUAAUUAAAGUAACUAUAAAUAAAUUAAAAAAAAAAAAAAAAUAGUAAAGUGUAUUAAAGAAUGGGUAAAAAACGCAGUAUACAAAACGUAUCAGCAAAAAGUAUUAAAAUAGAAGUUAAAGAUGAGAUAAAUGAUAAUGAAGUAUUGGUUGCACGUGAUCGUCUAAAAGGAGCCUUACGAGAACUGCUACGCAAUAGCGACGAAGGAUCAUCAGCAGAGUCCGCAGACGAGGUUCCACCACCAGAAAUGAAGCCGACACCAGUUAAAAAAUCGAAACCUCCACCAACACGCAAAAUAAAAAGACGCAAGCAAUUGCCUGCUGAUCAGUUAUUCCACCACACAUAUGUCAUGAAAUUAUUUGACAGGAGUGUAGAUUUAGCGCAAUUUCGCGAAGACACUCCGCUGUAUCCAAUUUGUCGUGCCUGGUUGGCAAAUCAACCGCGAAAUCCAAACCUAGUACCAAAAGUCAGGACUCCUAGUCCUGAAAUAGUCGACGAGCUUCACACAGAUCAUAAUCUUGAGGAUUCAAAUGGUGAAUUAAGGGAUGUUUUCAAUUUGCCUUUACCUAAACCUGCUGAAGAAGCUUUCCCGAGGAAUCGGAUCCCGUCGCCAACUCCGCAGCCCAAAGAAAAACUUGAUCUUAAUUAUGAAGGAAAAACUUUGAAGUCUAAAGAAACUUUGAUGAAAAGUCAUCGGUUGCAUUGGAAUUCGGUCAGACGUAAAUGGCACCAACAGGCACAGAAAAAUGAAAAACGUUUUCAAAAAAGUGCUAAUAUACUGGAAACUAUUUUUAAAAGGGCUCAGUCAGAGUUUGAGUAAUUGAAGGACAACUUGAAAAUUCGUUAAUGUAAUUGACGAUUUAUAAAUAAAUUUUUGUGACUACAAAUAAACAAAUGUAACAAUUAAAUAAAUUUUAUAAGUAAAUUAA